UUUCUCAGAAACCUGAUAUGACAUAUGACAGUGCGUGUUUCUGUUUUCAUUUCAUGAAAGUGCAUUUCUUGUGGUUUUAAAACUGAAUACAAUAGAAUAUUGAAACAAAAAUUUCGUUAAAACAUCAUUAAAAUAAAUCUUUUAAACAUGGUUGUACCUAAAACUACUGCAAAAGAAGAAGUCAUGCGCCUAAUGGCCGACAAAGAUAAAUUAGAAAAGUCAAUAUCCGAUUAUGGAGAUAUCUUAUCGGCAAAUGAUAAUGUUGGUAUGUCGGGUCCUCUCAUCGAUGCCGAAGGAUACCCUCGCAACGAUAUUGAUGUCUAUCAAGUGCGCCAAGCAAGACAACAAAUUCUAUGCUUACAAAAUGAUCACAAAAAGCUUAUGAGUGAAAUUGAGAAACUUCUUCAUCAAGUCCAUAAAGAGGCUGCUGAUGAAGAAAAUAGUGCAGGGAUGUCAAGUAAAGCGGCAGCAAUCAGCUUAGAAUCUCCAGUCGAAGAGACUAUAUCACCUCUGAACGUUAUUGUUAAUGUUAAUUUGGUCAGUCCCGGAUCUCCAGCUGAAGAUGCUGGCCUUCGAAUUGGAGAUGGUAUUAUACAAUUUGGUUCUAUAAAUUCAAAGAAUUUCGAAAAUAAUCUUUAUCAAAUUGGGGCUUUGGUGAAUAAUAUGGAAAAUCAACGUAUUGCUCUGAAGGUUAAAAGAACUGAACAGAUUUUAGAUAUGAUUUUGAUACCAAAGAAAUGGAGUGGUCGCGGAUUACUUGGAUGUAAUAUUGUCUUGCCAGAAACUAUUGAACGUUAGAAUAUGCAAGACAAAAUAUUUUUGAUUUGUAUAAAUUUGUAUUGGUUUAAAUAACUAUUUUAAUAUCUAAUAUAAAACUUUCAAAUGAAA